GAUGGCAAUAAAUAAACUGAGACGAGGUUUCCCUCGAUGAAAACAUCGAGUUUCACGUGAAUACAAAACUGUCUCCCUCAGGACGAGUAAUUUUGUGUAAUGAUGUAGCCACUGCCCAUGACCUGAAGGAAUGAAUAGCCUGUUCCAGGCUCUCGGUCAGUGGGGUGGAACAGGCUAAGGAAUGAAACACGUGUAAGCAAGGGUUGUAAGUGUGAGUUAGCGAGAGGCUCGAGUUAUCGAGGGUUCGAGUUACCGAGAGUAAAAUUGCACACUUACACGGCACUGACAUAAGUAUUAGAGGGCGAUUAGGAACGCCAUAGUUUGAUCUUCGCUAAUGAUAAGCCUGCGUAUAGACAGUUUCAUCAGUCGUCUACCGUCAUCCUGCAUUCUGUGCGAAACGGGUCGAAAGAACUAGUUGAUGCCUGCAAAGAUUAGCCGAUACCUAAACAAAGGAAAACGAUUCUUGUUGACUAGAACGCCAUGAUUUCCACGGCACUCGUCAGGAUCUUUGCAUUCUAUGUCUACUUGCCUCUGGUAACGUCAGUAACAGUGUCUACAGUGUACGGUGAUGUCGAAGGUCUUGUGACUUCGUACCCGAAUGCCUCGGGUCCGUUCAAGUCUAUCAGUAAAUUUCUUGGCGUUCCUUUCGCCGCUCCGCCGGUUGGAGAGCUCAGACUAAAAGCGCCAGAAGCACCACAAGAGUGGAAACCGAAAGUUCUCCAAGCAAAGGAACACGGGCACGUUUGUUGGCAAGGAAAGUACAAAGUGCAGAUGAUAAAAUACUUCAAUCCAAAUUUCUCGUUCAACGAGGAUUGUUUGUACCUUGAUGUCUACUCUCCGAAUGUUAGUGCGAGUUUACCUGUGAUGGUUUACAUUCAUGGUGGAUCUUACGAGCUCGGAACUGCCGCCUUAUUUCCUAGCGAUAUUUUAGCCCUACACGGAGUGGUGAUAGUUGUGAUCCAGUAUCGUCUCGGUCCCUUUGGCUUCUUGACGACCGGGGAUUCUUCGGCCCCUGGGAAUUUUGGAAUGUUGGAUCAAGUGGAGGCUCUGAAGUGGGUCAAAGAGAACAUUGAACAUUUUGGAGGAGAUCCCAGCAAGGUGACCAUAUUUGGAGCAAGUGCUGGCGCGACAAGUGUAACCCUGCAUCUGCUGUCGCCUCUAUCUAAGGGUCUCUUUCAACAAGCCAUUGCAGAGAGUGGUGUGGAUUUGAGCCCCUUUGCAAUUCAGCCGGUUUCCUUUGGACUCCGUUUUGCUAAAGAGCUUGCUCAAAACUUGGAUUGUACUACAAGCGACCACAGCGCAAUGGUUGCCUGUAUACGCAGUAAGAAAGGCGAGGAAAUACAGAAUGCUUCCAACUCGAUAACUUAUCAGUUCUAUGAAUAUUUGCGCUGGGCGCCAGUGGUAGACAAGAAUUUUCUUCUCGAUACGCCUCAGAAUUUACGAAAUAAAGGAGAUUUUAAGAAAGUGAAGUUGAUGAUCAGUUUCAACAGUCAGGAGGGAGGGACAACUCUUGGAUUCAUGGCGAACUCGUCUUUUGGGAUGGCGGAAAGUGUGGACGAUGGAGUGAGUCCGUCAUUUUUUAAAGGAUUUAUAACAAAGCUUGCCCACGGUCGCAACAGCAGAGAAGACAACGCCGACCUAAUCGCGGAGGCGUUGCAGUUUAUGUACACACCAUGGCCUGACAAAAACGACAAAUACGCACUGAGAAGCCAACUUGUGGACCUCAUCGGUGAUUACAUUUACUUUGCACCAAGUCACGAGGUUGCUGAUAUUCAUAGCAAAGUCGCUCCUGUGUACAUGUACGAGUUCGCACAUCGCAGAACGAUAGGAAAUAAGAACAAGGAGUGGAUGGGUGUGGUCCAUGCUGAUAACGUGCCCUACGACUUUGGACACCCUUUCUACCCUGGUCUUUCGUCAGAUUUUGACGCAGGCGACAGAAAUGUCAGCCUGUUUAUCAUACGAAUGUACUCAAACUUCGCCAAGAACGGCGAUCCAACACCACAACCAGUCAGCGGUGUUACGUGGGAGAGGUACAACAGCAGUCACAGAGCUUACUUGCGAGUUGAUGUUCAUCCCAAGAUGGCGGCGGUGUUUGCUCCUCGCCGAAUGGCUUUCUGGAAUGAUUACUAUCCUAAACUGGCGCAAGUAAAGUUUGAUACCAAAGUGUCCAGCGGUGCUAGCCAUAAAAUUACCAUGACAAUGUUUCUCAAGGUUGCUUUCGUCUUUAUGUUUACUCUGUUCCAGUGA